UCUUGUUCCAGGAUAGGACGGAGAACUAUCCUGAAGUCGAUAUGGUUGUCAAAACUUUCCUGUUCCUGCGAUGUUUCGUGUUUGUGCCCGACGAAGUAGAUGCUCACAGUAGAACGGUGCACUGAGAAAACUUGAUUCGUUAAUAGUUAGUUUUUGUUUUCUUUUUUAUUUUAUUUUAUUUUAUUUUUUCGUCUUCGGCAUAUCAACGAGGGCUUUCUGAAUCGGCACUUUGUUCUUGGAGUGGAAUACGUACAACGUGGUUCUUUGGAACUUCAUGAGCACCACAUGGAAGAAAUUAAAGCAGAGUACGGCCUGUCAGACGAGCAAAUUGCCGAGUUCAAAGAAGCUUUCGGACUGUUUGAUCACAAUGGAGACGGGUCUAUAGAAGCCGCCGAGUUGGGCGUUGUCAUGAGGUCACUAGGACAAAGACCAACAGAAGCUGAGCUGGUCAAUAUGAUCCGCCUGGUAGACCAGGAUGGUAACGGCACGAUCGAGUUCAACGAAUUCUGCUUCAUGAUGUCGAACAAGAUGAAGGAGCGGGACAGCGAGAAGGAGCUGAAGGAGGCCUUCCGAGUCUUCGACAAGAACGGAGACGGCUUCAUCUCGGCGCCCGAGCUCAGACACGUGAUGACGAACCUGGGCGAGAAGCUCACGGACGAGGAAGUCGAGGACAUGAUCCGGGAGGCUGACCUGGACGGAGACGGACUCGUCAACUACGACGAAUUCGUCAACAUCCUGACCGGCAAACAAUGAUAAAGAGACACCUGUGAAUGUGUAUAUAUUUUUUGCCAAGGAAAGAGAAAAAAAAACGGAAAGCACACAUCAUCUCCAAGACUUCUGCCCCUUCCCUGGACAAAGGCGUUUGCUCAAGUCGGCGUCCUAGACACAUUAUUCGAAGAACUUGGUUCGCCGUGCUAUUUUUCUAAAUGGGGAUCCCCCCACAAUCAUGCCGAUAGAAUUCCUUUUUUUUUGCUACCCUUACGUUGAAAUCGGACACAGCCUCAUUUGCCGUGGAAAGCAAAAUUUGGAGCAUGUGAUUCGGACGAAGCAAGUCGAGAUGCCGUUUCUUUCCAAGUCAAAAAAAAAAAGAAUAUCCAAAUUGCUAUUCAUCAUUUGAGUUUGCCUUUUAUCAAAUCAAAUUCUGAAAUUUUUUUCUAAAAGUCUUGUUCUGCUUGCAGGGCCUGUGGUUUUGAAAGACACUGGGCAUGAAAUUUAUUUAGUGCCCCCCGUCCGCUUAUUCCAUAGUGAUGAUAUUUUGAUACUUUGCGUUAACACAGCCACGUGCUAAAUUUGGAGGUACCUUUUAACCUUUUAUUACAAUAUAAUAUACAAUAUAUUAUCAAAGUAGAAGUGAUAUAGCAUACAAUAAUUAUCCAUUAUAACAUAAGAAGUGUUCAAGCUUUGCUUCUUGCUGUAAGCCGUAAAUAGUAAAAUUAUGAUCUCGCAUAUACAUUAUAACAUUUCUUAUAUUUUGUUUUUUCAAAUGGUUUUGUUUGACCCGUUACAUUGUUUAAAAUUGCUAAGUAAAUCAACUCUAAGCACCUAUUGAUUUGGCGAGUGGCACAAACAAGGAGAGGUUCAAGGGGGUCUGGACCCCUCCCAUCGCCUUUGCAGGUUUUUUUACUGACUAUAAUCUUAUGUUUGUAAUGCAAAAUAAUUCAGAGCAAAGGUAGCAGUAAUUUCAAAUUGAAUAAAUAAAAAAUCUGUUAUUUAUGUACUCUCUUUCUUACCUUACAAAAUCGAACUGUAUGUGAACAUAAAUUGUUCUAGAAUGAUGAUUUUGCUUCGCUGUUUUUUAACUAUGAGAACAGUAAAUACAUUAGAUCUUGUGUUUUCUAGUAUUUUAAUUAAAUAUUUGUUUUUCAUAAAUUUGUUUUAUUAAAUAAUGCUAAGUAAUUAUUCAAAAGAAAUUUUUUUUGAUAAUAUUUGUUCCCAACUCUCGAUAUAAUCAAAAGAAUAUGUUUAGAUACGGGUCGAGGCCUGAUAUGAGAAUGGUGAACAUGAAAUCUCCCCCCCCCCCCCCCGCCCUUGGGAAAUUCCUGUGUACGCCACUGAAUUUGGCCAUUGUUCUAUUGAAUCAUACUAAUAGGUGUCAAAUGUGAAAAUUAUAUUUUUCUCCCCCCUCCCCCUGCUCACUGUCUUUUUUUUUCCCCCAUAUGUAGAAAAUGUGACCAGUGUUCUCAUUAGUUCUAAACUUCAGCUCAAAGUUAACGAGGAUGCUUUUCGUAAAAAAAUUCUGCAUUCGGUUAAAAGUUUCAGCAUCUGUGCUAAUUUUGGAUCCUCUCUGCUACAUUGGAUAUGCUAAUGUAUCAGUAUCCAAUACGGAAAAAACAGUAUUUCUCGAUUUGCUUCUUUAGUUCCAUUAACAGGAAAUCAAAACAAAAAAACUACUUAUUACCUAUUCCAGCUUAUGUAAUGUAAUAUUUUUUGUGUUUUUUUUCUUCUGAAUACAGAUGUUUAUUUUGCAGUUAUAGAGUCAAGCCUUUGGGUACAUUUCCUUUUGUGAGUAUAUUCUAGUCUUUCGACACCCUGUUAAUUUUUUUGUACAUAAUAAAACAUUACAAUAUAUUAA